UUUCCCUCUGGAUGCCUUUUGGACCCUCCCUGGGGGAAGAAGGAAUUCUUGGGGUGCCGGCGGGAAACGCGGGCAUUUCCCAGAAAGGGAAGCUAGUGAGGGUUAAGAACAGAGUUGGGGUAGCUUGGCUUCCUUCCUCAUUUUUUUCGACUUGUCUCAAGAAGCUCCCUCACCCUGGCGCCAGUUCUUCUGGGAGGCUCACAGUGAUCAUGUGGCAGCUGAUGACUCUGCUGAUACUGGCUUGCCGUAGUGUGAGAACAGCCGACCUUCGCAAAUCCGUGGUGACCCUGAAUCCGCCGUGGGUCAAUGUGAUCAGGGGGGACCCAGUGACCCUGAGCUGUUCGGAUCCCGGCUCCCCGGGGGACGCUGGCACAGUCACUCGGUGGUUCCACAACGGCACGACCAUCCAGGAACGGACCUCCAGUUACAGCAUCCAGGCCGCCAGCUCGUCCGACAGCGGGCGGUACUCGUGUCAGAAGGGGGACUCUGCCCAAAGUGACCCCGUGAAUCUGGAUGUGAUGGGUGUCGACUGGGCGAACCUGCAGGUUAACGGCUACGAGUUCCCAGAGGGGGGGAACCUGUCUCUGAAUUGCCGAGGCUCGAGAGACGUGUUCAGUAGAGAUUACAAAUUCUUCCGCGACGGCAAGACCUUGAAAUACUCCUUAUUUCCCCAGCACUUCAUCUCCCAUCUUAACUCCAGCCACAGCGGCUCCUACCACUGUAGCAUCCGAUCAAGAGAUUCGCCUCCCAUUACCAUCACCGUCAAGGCUGGCAUUUCAGCAGUAAAGCCAAGUCACUUUCGUUCCUGGAUUUUCCUCAUUUUCUACCUGGUGGUGGGACUCCUGUUUGCCGUGGAUACAUUUCUCUGCGUCACCCUGUGGAGAAGGCUCAAGAGUCCGGUGUGGCAGUAGAAGCCUCAAGUAAUGAACCAGUACGAAGAACCUCA